UUUACUAUUAUCUGUUUGUGUAAAAAACUUUGAUUUUUAGAAUAUUAAAAUAUUAUAUUCGCAAAAUGGAAAGUGAAAUUGAUUGUGUUGCUAGUUGCCCAGUGGGUUCGACAGCACCGAGAGAUUCUAUAAGUAGUACUGGAUCUUCGCUGUCUAUUAGUAGUGCUUCAAUAUCAACGAAAACCGCACUUAACGAGUGCUCCUUGGCCUGGAUAAGUUAUCUUAGUGCUUUGAAUAGUUUAUGUACUGCUGGGAGUAAACUAGGAAGUACACUGACGGUACUGGAACAGUGCGGUUUAUUUGGAGAAAAAGCUCCAAAGGGUUAUGCCGAGAAAAACUUUUUUCACAAUCACCUAUCCUCUUAUUUAACGCACUACUGGAAUGAUUUAGCCAGAGCAACCGCAGUGGCUACAAGUACUGUCAAAUCGCAUAUCAUGGCACUUUUACAAGAGUUUGUUGUAUUGUCAACUCUUGACCCAUCCUCGAUUUGCGAAAUAGAACAAAAGCGCUUGAGAGAUCACAAUGAGCUAAUAAUUAUGGAGAAUGCACAGGCUAUGAUAAAUAUACAACAUCAAUUCUGCGCCGCGAGUUAUGAUGCCUUUUCGUCUUUAACUUGCUGUUUUGUCUGUCAAUCACCUGUAGGUUUCCCUCAUGAGUCGGAUUGUGCCAUGAUAAAACAAAGCAGAUUAAACACUGACGCUCGAUCUCAAACUCCCUCACCGAACUUUGGUGGAAUUAACAAAACAGACACCUCUAGAGGUAGUUGCAUAACAGAACAGCGGUCACAUUUCCAAAGUUCUUUAACUGGCCAGCAACUAGAUCAAUCCACAAAUUCGAUGGAUCCAACUCGCGGACCUUCGCCGCUGCAGGCUAUAUUUGAAAACACCAAAGGACCACUACCAAACCCAGGGCAUUUGCUAGCAAUGAAAAGUCCAUUUGCUAGAGGGGAGAGGUCUCCACUGAAUAUUCCCUUAUUCCCUUUGAACGGUCAACGUAGAUGGUCUGAAGCCGCUGCAGGUGAAGUGAUAGAUGAAAAUUCGACCGAUGCCGAAAAUCAAAUGAGACGUUGGUCUAUGCCAUGGGAAGCGGUAAAAACAGAUCAAAAUACAGUUACAUGGUAUCAAACUCGAAUAAUGCCCAUAAAUAAUAUCAACUUACUUAAUCAUAAAACGCCGUGUUCUGAUAGAAGCGUAUCUAAUACACCUGAUCUAAACUGGCAAUCUUAUGCAACAAGUCACGAUGGGUUGACGGAAGCAAUUCAACUGCUCUCCUGUCGACCUUCAAGAGUUCAAGCUCAAGGUUUACAAGGAUACACUUCGCAGCACACGAAUAUUCAAAACAUUGAAUAAUUAUGAAUCAUUGGAUAUCAUAUUUGCUCUCAGUGGCGUUUUGCACGUUCGGGCACGAGUGCACAUUUUGAGGGCUAGAUAAGGGGAUCAUCCCGGGCAAACAUGAAGAGGGAAGUGAGAGCAACGUAUUUUGCCACACCAUGUUUACAAAAGAGAG